AUGGGAGACGGCGCGAAUGUUUUCAAUACAUUCAGUUUCAAUAAAUGGGCGGAUGGCAAGCGAGAAGAGGAGAUAGACAAGGAGAGCAGACGGCGGCGUGCCGAGCAGGUUUGUUGCUCACCAAGAUGCGCGCAGUCUAACAAAUCUCACAACAGAUCAAGCGGCUGAAAGAAAGGCUUCGAAAGGAGCGUGCUCUGCGCGAGGCGCAGGGUGACGGAGACUUGGACCUGGACGCGCUAAUUGAGGCUAUACAGCAGGGCGAGCUGAUCAAUAUGCGUAGGCGGAGCAGUAAUUUCCAGUUUCCUUUCCAAAACGGGUGAUUUUCAGCCAGCCACACACAGGUGACUGAAAUAGAGCCGGAAAGGAAGAGAAGAGGUGUGCCAGAUGAGCUUUCUGACGAUUACAUUUUCAAUGAGAUCAACCUUUACGCGAGCCGGGCGAACGAACUGAAGGCUACUGCUGAGCCGGUUGAUAUGCCGCGUUCAAAUGAACUCUUUCAAAAACUAGGCAUGUCAACAGUCAGAUGUCAGGCACGACUUGGCCUUGCUCAAAAAAAGAGGUGUUCCGAAACUGUUUUAAAACUAGCGCGUUCGAUUUAGAAACGAAUUGUCAACAAGCCCUACGCCUAACGCGUGGGUGGCAUUGUGAAUGUUUUCGUCAUUGUCGUGUUUGACAUCGCGUGUAUGGAAAUUUCAAUUUUUUUUUCAGAUCCUCUCUCGUUCAAAUACAACAGACGGAACCAAAACAACGAAAUGGUCGACAAUGUUGGACCGAGUGCAGUGAAGCCACAUAACAAUUUCAAAUUCAAUCGAUUGAUUCAAGAUAUUCCGAAAUAA